UCCAUAUAAAAACGCCCAGUUGGGUCAUACAAUUUUCCAUUGCCGGUCAUUAAUUCGUCUGGAUCUGUGCCCGUUCGUCGUCUGUCUCUCUUUUUGCGUGUCUCUGUCUCUUUCGGGUUCACUAUGCCACGGCCUGGACUCCGUUUGUCUUUAUUUUGGCUGCUUCUGCUGGGAACUUCCAUUGACGUCACAUUUUCGAAGCGUUUGGAUCGUAAAUUGUCGCACAACCGCAUUGUGGGUGGCCAAGAGGCUGCGGAGGGUGCGGCGCCUUAUCAAGUGUCCAUACAAACCGUCUGGCAGACGCACAUCUGCGGCGGUGUCAUCCUCGACAAGGAAUGGAUCCUCACCGCCGGCCACUGUGCUCUGGACUACGGCAUCAGCGACAUACGGAUCGUGGUGGGCACCAACAAUCGCCUGGAGCCCGGACAGCUGCUCGUUCCGGAUGAGGCUUUGGUCCACUGCCUGUACGACGUGCCGCACCUCUACAACAACGACAUUGGAUUGAUUCACGUGAACGAAUCGAUCAUCAUGAAUGAACGCACUCAGGCGGUGCAGCUCAGCUCCGAGCAGCCACCCGCAGGCGCCACAGUAACCCUCACAGGUUGGGGUGCUCCCGAGAGCAGUUUUCCCACCGUGGAACGUCUGCAGACGCUCAAUCUGACAAUCAUUGGACAUGAGGAGUGCCGCGAGGCCUGGGACUAUCACACGGGCAUCGACAUUGGACACAUUUGCACCUUAACAAGAGCGGGCGAGGGCGCCUGCUCGGGUGACUCUGGAGGUCCCAUCAUGUGGGAGGGCAAGCUGGUGGGUUUGGUCAACUGGGGACGACCCUGCGGCGUGGGUUUGCCGGAUAUGUAUGCCAACACAGUUUACUAUCAGGAUUGGAUACGCAGAACACCCACGGGCUGCAAGAAUCGCGUUAACUAGAAUAAGGAAUAAAGAAAUGUGAAAUAU